UCUGCAUCGUCUCGUUGAGGUUGGCGCCGCGCGCAGAGCCCGAGUUGACCUCGUCGCGCAGCAGGUCGCCGGUGGAGAGGUGCGUGUAGCCAUACUUCUUGACGAUCCGCUCGCACUGCGUGCCUUUGCCGGAGCCGGGCCCGCCUGGAACGCCCGGAAACGCGUGGUCACACACGGCCGCCCAGAGGAUUUCUGUCUCCCAUGAUCUCUUCACAUAUUGACAAAGGCCGAAACCAACUGAAAUGAAACGCGAAUCCAAUUCGAGUCUCGCUGCGAAGGGGGGCGCCUCUCCCCACACGCGCGUAAUUGGCUGACGUCUCCGAGAUUGGCAGGGGGAACAAGCGUAUAAAAGCGGGCGGUCCCGCAGACACAGCAUCCACUAGUUCCUCUGCUCUCUGCAUCUUAACAUCGGCUUCUCCACCGCCCGCAGCACAAUGGCUUCCUUCACUCUGGUAGUCUUCCUUGCUUCGGUCGCAGCAACGAUGGCCAUGCCGCGAGAUAUUUCUCAAAGUCUUAUUGACAGCCACAUGAAACACUUUGAAGAAAACAGGCAAGCACUGAAACUCCUCAAGGCAAUCAUUGAUGAAAUGAACAGCAAUAUCGAAUUUGUACAGAAGCGCUCCGUGUGCUACAUCGGCGGCGGCAUGGGCCACAACUGCGAGUACGGCGAGGCGCUGGACUCUGCGUUCGCGGCGCGCCACCUGCUGGGCGACGACAACCCCGGCAAGCGCAGCCGCCUGCCCCUCGCGCCCGCCGGCGGCCCCUUCUAGACAGGGAUAUGGAUUGGAACGAAGCAAGCUGAAUGACAUGGAUCGACGAAAGAGUCGCCAUUGCUGCCACACGUGCUUUUUUUCAAUCACAUAAUGAAAUGACUAAUUAUGGUAUUUUCUAGUGCACGAGCAAUUGGAAUAAUGACAAAGUCAUAAUUCUGUCCAAUUUUGUGCUGGAAAACUGUAUAUAAGUCACAAUGUAGAUAUUUGUUAAUACAAACAUUUCCAUAAAAUUA